AUGUGCGUUUUGGGUAAUUUUGAGAACCAUACAAUAUAGGAUACCGAUUUAUCAAGAAUGUGGAGAGGAGGGUAGCAGUAGCAGUUGACAUGAAGUGAUGCGGUGAGCGAUCGAAGUGAGGAAUCCAGAUGUCAUAUUGUUGUGCUUGUGCGAGCAAGGCUCUUGUUCCAAUUUCACAAUUGUUUCCUUCUUCGUCUUUACAAUCACAUGCUAUUGCUUAUGGCAGCAUCUGUAUCAGGCUUCCUUGUUCACGGCUUCAGCAAAUGUCCCUCGUCGAGCCACCCUAUCAACAGAGCAGUAGCACCACCACCAACUCUAAAAGUAAAAAUCCACGGGACCAUGAUGAUGAUGAUGAUGAUGAUGAAGUGGGAAUUUCCAAAAUACAAGUCCCCAGACAGAAACACAUCCCUGUUUCCAAGUCCCAACUUCUAGAUGCUAUACUCUCUACCAUGUUUAACCAAAUCCAACACGAUGCUGAUGCCCAUCACUUUCGCCUUCUCACCUCAUGCUUAGACUCCAUACUUCAUGCUGAGCACAAAAGUAUCUUAGAGGAGAUGCGUUCCGAUUAUCACCUUACCAAUAGUUCUCUCCAAACACGCAAUUCAGAGACACAAGUUGUGCCCAAUGGGAAAGAUUCGGACAUGGUUGUUACCAAUGACCUCAUUAGAAUUGAGGAGGAAGGGAAGCUCUAUCAGGAUAUUUUGCAGCAGCAGGAUCAACGGGAAAAACCUAUACUUCCCUACCCUGGUUUGGACCUCAAUGCUCUUUUACGAUCUCUCGACAUAGCUACCAAAAAAGAUUAUGACACGGGUUCCAGAGUUAUCAUUGCUACUCGUUUCCAAUGUGCUUUCAUGCAGCUUCUUUCGGAUGCACAAUUUGAAGAACUGUCAGCUAGGGACCUAAUGUUAACGUCUGCAUUGAACACAGACUAUCUCCUUACCUUGCCAAUAUACGUUGACUGGAAGAGAGCAUAUGAGUCUAAUGCCAUAAUAUUUAGGUAA